CGCCUUUUUUUCCCCCUUUUUUUUUUUUCUUUUCCUUCAAAUUUUCCUCCCGUUUCCCCUCCCAAACCGGCACUUCCGGCUGGUUUCCGGGCCGUUUCCGGGUGACUCGACCUCCUCUUCCGGUGGCUUUUCGGCUGCGGCGGCGGGGAGGGGAGGGGGGGGGAGGAGGAGGAGGAGGAGGAGGAAGAAGAAGGCGAUGCUGCCGGUGGCGGGGCCCGUUGCGGGCCCUUCGGAGCAGCGCGGCGGCCGCUUCAGCGUCCUGACCUGGGAGCAGGUGCAGCGGCUGGACCAGAUCCUGGGCGAGGCCGUCCCCAUCCACGGCCGUGGAAACUUCCCCACGCUCUCGGUGCGGCCCCGCACCAUCGUCCAGGUUGUCCGUAGUCGCUUGGAGAAGAAAGGAAUUGCAGUCCAUAAUGUAAGGUUGAAUGGCUCAGCAGCUAGUCACGUUCUACAUCAAGACAGUGGCUUGGGCUACAAAGACCUAGAUCUCAUCUUUGGCGUAGAUCUGAAGACUGAAGAUGUCUUCCAGCUUGUUAAAGAUGUGGUCAUGGACUGCCUUCUUGACUUCCUCCCAGAAGGUGUCAACAAAGACAAGAUCACCCCCAUGACUCUGAAGGAGGCGUACGUGCAGAAGCUUGUGAAGGUAUGCAACGAAACCGACCGCUGGAGCCUCAUAUCGCUCUCCAACAACAGCGGGAAGAACGUGGAACUCAAAUUCGUGGACUCUCUCAGGCGGCAGUUCGAGUUCAGCGUGGACUCCUUCCAGAUCAUCCUGGAUUCGCUUCUGCUGUUUGGGGAGUGUUCAGAGAACCCCAUGGCUGAGAACUUCCACCCCACGGUCACUGGGGAGAGCAUGUACGGGGACUUUGAGGAGGCAAUGGACCAUCUCCGGAACAGGGUCAUCGCCACGAGAAACCCAGAGGAGAUCAGAGGUGGGGGGCUUCUGAAAUACUGCAACCUCUUGGUGAGGGGGUUUAAGCCCAAAUCGGAAGUGGAUAUGAAGGCACUACAGAGAUACAUGUGCUCCAGGUUUUUCAUAGACUUCUCUGACAUCGGUGAGCAGCAGAGGAAGCUGGAGUGCUACCUUCAGAGCCACUUUGUUGGGAUGGAGAGCAAAAGAUAUGACUAUUUGAUGACCCUCCACAGGGUGGUCAAUGAGAGCACAGUCUGCCUUAUGGGACACGAAAGGAGGCAGACCCUGAACCUCAUUGCCAUGCUGGCUGUGAGAGUCCUGGCUGAGCAGAACAUCAUCCCCACGGUCACAAACGUUACCUGCUACUACCAGCCAGCUCCUUAUGUCAGUGAAAUAAACUUCAACUACUAUGUCACCCACGUGCAGCCCUUCCUGCCUUGCAAUCAGUCUUACCCAACGUGGCUUCCCUGUAACUGAGCCAGGACAAACUUCAGGGUCUGUCCUCCAAGGUACUUUCUUGCCUUGGGGAGUGGGGAGGGUGGGGGGCAAAAAAAAAAAAAAAAAACAAAACCACAAAACACAAAAACAACAAACACCACCUUCCUAGAACUGCAACAAAAGGCAACUUCCUGGACUCUUGCUUGAGUGUCUUGUUCCUGGGGUUUUUGGAACGAGGCCUGUCUGCUGUACACUGUGAUGGGAAGUGCAGUGUUAUGGAAACUAGAUGACUUGGACGUUUACAGGAAGACUCAAUUGCUUAUUGAAUUCUGGAGGCAAUGGGGGAGGGUUGGGGGUGUGUGAGGGGAGAUUGUAGAAUUACGCUAAGGUAGAGCUGCGCUGCCCUGAAAUGGAUCUGAAUUGGUUUUUUGUUUUUUUUUUAGUGCGGGAGGUGUUAUGGGUGUGCAGACUUGUGGUUUCUGAAGAUAGAAGCCAGAGUGGCUAAUUCCUUUGAAGGACCAAAGAAUCCUGUUUAAGUGCCUGUAACAAUAUAAACACAACUGUACUGUAAACCUUAUUUUUUUGCAGGGGCUGACAUCCCAAGAGCUUGAGUGGGGAUGUCUGAAGAGGAAAAUGUUUCUGUUGGGGGGGGGGGGGUGGGGAGGGUCAUAAGAUCAUUUCUAGUAACCUCGCUGAAGCAAGAAUGGGAUCGCAGGUUACAUGUUGCUGAGGUUUUUUGGCAUGGCUUGCUGCCUAUGAAGGACCAGCUGUAGCAAAUAGCUGUCAAAGUGGAGUUGCAUAAACAGGGGUGAGCUUUGAAUGACUCUGUGUAAAUGCCUAAAACUGGGGACACUGGGGUGGGGGGGAGUGCAUGGUGGACAAUGCUGUGCAGAGCUUUAUGGAGAAAAGGCAGCAGGGACCUACAUACAAAUUUACUCAAGCUCCCAAGUCUGCAGUGCCAAAAUGUAACCGUGUACAUAAAUGAUGAGGCAGAAGAUCUGUCCAGGAGCCUGCCCCAGGCUACUGUACCUAAUCGUGUAUUUUCUAGGGGAAUUUGAAAUGCUGCUUAUUUUUUUUUUGUUUGGCAUGCAGUGUGGUUUUAAUGCACAAAGCCAGAGGCCAGCUGGGUUAUCUGGGAAGAUGAGGCUUGUCCUUUGAAGCACAAACCAACUAGUUCACUAGUCAGUUAUCUCCAGCUGUUGCUGUGAUGGGGGCUGGAGCCCGUGUCCUUCUAAGAGAUAGGCAGACCUCUUUCAGACUCUAGUCUCCUAUGGCUGGAGAUCUUCCCUCUGCCCUUGGGCAGGUCCUAUCUUCAAAAGCAGCCUAUUUCCAGCUAUGUGAUUCCACAUGUGAGCCACUGAUAGCAUUUGAAAUUCAUUCUCUAGCUAGAAAUGGAGCUUGGGGCGGGGGGGAGUUGUGCAGAAGUCAGUUGGCCUUAGGAAAAAGUAUGUCUUCUCUAAACAAACCCUCUUGUGUCUUGAGGGUUUGGCGCUCUCAGUCAAAUGUGGCUUUGAAGUUGUUGGGUGUCUAGAGCACAAACAGGCUUUCACUGAGGUGCCUGGAUUGCCAUGCCCUUUCUCGUGAAACAUCAUCUCAGACUUAACUAUGCACGGAGGGAGAGGUGGGUGAGCAAGCAGGCGCUCCCUAGAGAUGCUGCUCUGGAAACACCGUGACUUCAUGGUGCUUCCUCUGAGAUUGACAUACUUGAGUAUCUUUAACUUGGGUGGUUGUUUUUUUUUUUUUGUUUUGUUUGUGACAAAACUGUAAUAGCUGGGCAGAUUGAACACUCUAAUAAAGACUAGAUCCUUGGAAUGUGUAUAGCCAGAUUGCUACCUUUUUUGGGGUAGGGGAGAUGUGGAGUGGGCGUAAGGGGUGGGAGGGGAGUGAUGUGGGGGCUCUUACACUUAACAUGAACUAACCAAUUUGAAAUUGGUCCAGCUUUGCUUCCUAUCCAGUCAGAGCUGAAGAAGUGUCACUAACAAUGUAGUUAUUACAGGUUUAACUGCCUUCCUGUAGAACAGCUUUGUCUUCACGGACAAGGCUGGUGCAUAGACUCUGCCACAGCUCGGUAACUCCCUGGUGCCCAGAGCCUAAUCAGUGUGGUAGGAGCUUGAGAUUUUCCAGUGCAAGGUAAAACUGAUUUAAGGGCUGCUUUUGAGAUCCUAAGUAUGCCACCUUCAUGGCUUCAAGGAAAGAUUUUUUUGUUUUUCUUGCAUUUUAAACUUCAGAUGAACAUAGAUGACGUGUAGCAUGCUUUUUUUACAGCCUGCUUACCCUCUACCCACAGACACAUAGGCGCACUAAACUGAGAUUCCCUCCUUCCCUUUAAGAUGCAAAAAGAUUCCCUACAGCCAACAGCUCGACAGGGCAACUUAUGUUGAGAUUGCACUUUUGAUUUACAGAGUGUGUGUGGUGGGACUCUUGAGAAUGGGUUGAAUCUGAAUUUUUCUAGACCUUGCAGUGAUACUGUGCUGCCUCCUGUGAGGGGGCAAUUGGAAGAUUCCAGUAGCUUGAAUGGCACUUGAUUUUGUUUUAAAUGUCUUUUUUUUUUUUUUCCUACACCUGUAUCACCUGUCAUGCGAUGGGCUUGACAUAGACUCACUAGAUUCUUUAGAAUCUGUUACAAAUAAAUACAGUGUAUUCAAAUUUGUUGGAUUUUUUUUAUUUGCUUGUCCAUCCGGGUAGUGUGGUAUUGAGAUGGCCGACCCUACUCCCACCAAAAACCAGGCUCUGAACCAACUGGUCACCUCGAGAGGAACGAGCCGAGAUCCUUGUUCUGGACCUGGUCAAAUGCUACUUGUAUGUCAGGCUGCUUAGUCCCUCAAACUGAAGCAGCUACGGAGCCUGGGAAGCACGUAGCUGUUGGCAGGUCACUCCUGCGGCCGAGGGAGGUUUCUAUUUAUAACGCUGUUCUUUAGUGUUGUGCAUCUUCCCUUUUCCUGGUGGCUCCUCAAGUUGCUGGUGGGGGAGGGUGGCCCGAUUUGGCAGCCUGCUCAGUGUCGGUGGGGAUCGGAGGUCCCUGCUGUUGGGGAUGGUACUGGGAGACUCUCGCUGCUGCUGGUGGCUUUCCAUGACUUUCAUUCUCACCUGCUGAUGGUCCUGAACAGCAAAAGGUUGCUUGAGUAAUUAAGGCUUGCUUGUUUUGUGUAGCUGACCCACCUGCAAAGUGGGUCCUCUUGGAAAGGGGAGGGUGAGAGGCUCUGAAAGGUUUAUCUUCCAAAAAAAGCUUGGAUCUGCUGAUGUUCAGGCCAUGGGAUGGCUGGAAGCUGGCUGCCUGUAGCUGGGUGCAAGCUCCUCCGAGCCUGGCUGCCCUCCAGCCCAAGAUGAAGUUUCACUUCCCCUUGUCAAGCUGCAGGCAGUUCUGGUUCCACUGCAGCAAUCGAGCUGAUAACAUGCCAGUCCCUCUUUGGGACAAAUUUGCUGGCUCUGCAUCUCCAAAUUUUUACAGUCCGGGGCCAAGCUUCCCUCUGACAGCAGAUCUGGGUUGUUCUUGCUGGGCUGGCACCAUGUAAGACCAUGUCCCCAUUGCCUGCUCGAGUAGGACUCUGCUCUUGCAGAGCUGAUUUCUCUCUAAACCUGUUGGCAGCGAGAUGGGAUGCUUGCCUCUUGCUGGCACACAACCCAGCGUGAAGCUUCUGCCUUCCCUGAGUGCGUCUCGCGUAUGGGAGUGGCUCUAAAAAUAUCUGCUUAGUUUGUCAGCUGUCUUCUCAGUGCCAGUGGUCGGUCCUGCCGAUGGCUGCUGAUGCUCUGGUGAAUAAGCUGCCUCUGGAUUUGUGACCCUGAGCAGAGCAGCAAAAGCCCUGACAGAGUCGGCUUGUCAUUGUUGGAGCGGAUCAGACUAUACAAAAGGAUGUUCGUGGAAAGUACUAGUUGUGAUCAGAAAGGAGCUAUCAAUGUUUACAACUGAGAUUUGGAUCCCUCUUUUGUUAAUUGUCAAAUAAAAAAAACCAACAUAUAUUUUCUCACA